AAAAUAACCCAAACCGAAGACAAAGAAGAGCGAGUGAAGAAGAUUGGGAUUUGGCAAUGGCAACACAAAGAACUUUUCUUUAAUCUCACGGCAUUAAAAUAGCAAAUAGUAACUCAAGAUUCUUCCUUUUUCUCUCCUUCCUCUGAUUCAUCUUACUCUCUCCCAAAUUUCCAAUUAAUGGAUCCACCUGUUUUUAAGAGAGAGUGAGUGAGCACUGAGGAGAGAGAAACCAUGCUCGCUCAUACUUGCAGUUUGUCAGAUUAGGGUUUUAAUAUCAUUUUCCCACAGACAAAUCUUUCAGUCCACAGAAUUCCCUUCACAUGAGGUGAAAUUUUUUGGUGGAGCGAUUGCUGCUUCAAUUUGCAGAUUAGGGGAAGAUUGAUUCAGACGUUUUAACGUUUGGGAACGAGGGCUCCACGAUCAGGCGGUGGAUAUGAGCUUCUUCACGUGAUUCUUUUGAGUAAUUAAGAAGGGCGAAGGACGGUCUUAAAUUCAUUUGCCGGUGGGUCUUCUCUUAUUUGCUGCCACUUUAAUCCUGAACCAUCUGGGGUUUGUGGGUCGCUGGAAAAAUUGAGAGAAUGGAGCAUCGGGAGAUUUUUGGUCGUGGGUCUUCUCAUGGUCCGGCUGAGGAAGAUGAUGUUGAAGAUUUCCGAAGUUGUUGCGAAGAUCACGAGGUGUGGAAAGAAGCUGAGGAUUUAGUGGAAGAAGGGUCAGAGGAGGAGGAACAUCUUGAUGAGUUUUCAGUUAAAAUGUUCUUUAAGGGCAUUUCAAUAGCUGAGAUUGGUGACCCUGCUUCUGGUCUUUCUGGUAUUGGAGUGUUCAUGGAAAAAUCAGGAAAAGUUCCUUUUAUCCAGGUCCAGAAAAAGCUUGAUUUUUAUGUUGAUGAGUUAGUCGCUGAUUAUUUAGCUCUAAUGGAUGGCCUGGUGGAGGCCAUGCAGAAUGAAAUCCGCUGUAUUCGAGCUUUCACCGACUCUGAUCUUUUAUAUAAUCAGAUAACAAAUGAAGAGGAAUCUGAAAUUCCACUUCUUAUUGCGCUGAAAGAAAGGAUUCUAGAACAUGCUAGCACUUUUGAAGCAUUUUCCUUGAACCUCUCUUCAAGUACUGAUCUUGAGCAGCCAUUCCAUCUUGCCAAAGUGGCUAUUGGGGUUCUUUCUUGUCCACAAAAGGGAGAUAAAUCAGUUGAAAAUUGUUCUAUUUGUUGUGAAAACAAACCAUCUGCUAUGAUGGUUGGGUUGAAAUGCUGUCAUAAAUUUUGCUCUCAUUGUAUGAAGACUUAUGUUGAUGGAAAAGUACAGUCUUCUCAAGUUCCUAUCAGAUGCCCUCAGUUGAGAUGCAAAUAUUACAUCACAAUCAAUGAGUUUAGAUCUUUUCUUCCCCUAACUUUAUAUGAAUCUUUGGAGAAUACCUUAGCAGAAGCAAAUAUUCACUCGGACAGAAUUUACUGCCCUUUUCCGAAUUGCUCUGUCCUGUUAGACCCCAGUGAAUGUUUGUCAGGUAGGGCAAGUUCAUCAAGUCAAUCCGAUAAUAGCUGUAUUGAGUGUCCGGUUUGUCAGAGAUUUAUCUGUGUUUACUGCGGAGUUCCUUGGCAUUCAUCAAUGAGCUGUGAAGAGUUUCAGAACAUUGACACGGAAGAUAUUACAUUACAUCGUCUUGCGCAAAAUAAAAGGUGGAAGCGUUGUCAGCAAUGUCGAAGGAUGAUUGAAUUGACUCAAGGGUGCUACCAUAUGACAUGCUGGUGCGGGCACGAGUUUUGCUAUUCUUGUGGUGCCGAGUACCAAGAUAGCCAGCAGACAUGCCAAUGUGCCUUGUGGGACGAAGAAAACUCCGAGGACUUAGUCACACACUCCAUCCAAGAAUCUGAGCAGUGGGCAUGGGAGACUUUUAAUUCUCUCCCCAUGAUAAUGGACGCGUACUCGGAGCAAGAGCGGUCUCAAUUAGCACUAAUCCAACGAUUCCUUGCUGGGGGAUUCAGUCUGAGUGACCACCAGCCGCAUCAAUCUCCACCACGUUGUACAGACUCUUAUGUCGACACCAUGAAGGAUCUACACCAGCUUCCAUGGCUGGAGAGGUUUGUUUCUGUGAUAAGCGAUAGCUACUACGAAGAUUAUGUACAAUGAUGAAGUCAACUUUUAGGUCUCUUACUCUGAAGUUGAAGAAUAAGAAGGGGAGGAGGUAAAAGAGUUUCUCGCUCUAGUUUUUUCUUCCCUCAUUUACGUAUGGAAAGCCUGGCGUUUCGUCCCCCUUAGUUAAAGCUCUCUUUCUCUAUAUAUUAUUUCACAUUGGAAAAUUAUGAUGAGACCCUGAAAGGUCCUCCUUGCAUUAGAUAAGAAAGAAGGAAAUCUCAUGCAAGAAUGUCAGCUUUCUUUCCUCUUUUCAAAGAAAUGUUUGAGAAAAAGAAAUAGAGAACGAUUUAGUUAUGUCAGUCAAUGAAAAUGAAAAAAAAGUUGUUUUCAUUAUGUUUCAUUUAUGGUGUGCAAUUUCCCAUGCACUGUUUGUGGAUUAUAGUUUAUCAUGUAACUUAUUUCAGAGUCAGGAGAGGAGGUGGGUUUUGUCAUUUUCAUUUCUGUAUGAUUGUGCUGUGCUGAAGUGACAUUAUAUACUAUACUACCUAUGUAUUCUGUU